AUGGCCUCCAGACAGCCCGCUUUGGGGAGAUGGAAGGGAGGAGAGCAAAGUGAUGGGGCUGCCCCUGCUGCUGCCCCUGCCCCUGCUGCUGCUGCUGCCAGCAUCUCUGCAGGCUGGCCUGGAAAGGGGGACACACAGCCAGAGAGCCAGACAUACCACCUGUCACACUUCUGCCCAUGGGUGAAGGCGCCAGGCAGUCUGGGGUUGUCUUUUGGUCUCUCCAAGUGGCUUCAAAGUCUCUCCCUCUUUCUCCUUCCUCCAGGUGGCUCAGCAAAAUGCAAAUCAGGCAGUGAUUAUGAAGUCAACCAACCAAAGCACCUCUCAGCCCCUGUGGGUGGUUCCAUCCACAUCCCCUUCUCCUUCUGUUACUCCUGGAAGUUAGCCAAGGAUCCCAGGGUGAGAAUAUCCUGGAGAAGGGAACACUUCCAUGGGGAGUUCAUCUACAACUCAACCCCGCCUUUCACCCAUAAGGAUUACAAGGGCCGCCUCUCCCUGCUCUGGACAGAGGGCCAGAGGAGUGGCUCCCUCCAGAUCUCGAACUUGCGGAAGGAGGACGAGUUUCAAUACUUCUGCCGAGUUCGUGUGAACACACUGACAGGACGAUCUAAGGGGGUACAGUCCCUAGAGGGGACCAAACUCACCAUCACCACAGCCACCGAGAAACCCACAGAGGGGCCCACCAGCACCAUCACCACCACCACCACCACCACAGAUGGCGUCAAUAUCUCCGGGUCUCAGCCCCUGACUCCAGGAGCUAUAGUUGGGGUGGCAGUGGCCAUUGCUGUGCUCAAAAUCGCAAUUUUGGGACUGAUAGUCUACCUCAGGUGGGAGAAGCAGUCCAGGGGAUCCUUCCAUAACACUGGGGAGAAGUAUGAGAACAUUGGGAAUACAGGACAACAUGAAGACCCCAAGCUGGACCCAAAGGUUGAUGGUGUCCUCCAUGCCUCCCUCGUCCUCACCAGCUCGACCUCACCAUCAGCACCUCCCUGCCACCCUGUCCACAACAGCCCCCAGGAAGAGACCCUAUACUCUAUGCUAAAGGCCUAAGGAGUGGGACUGAAUGAUGACCUCCUUACAGAAAGCUGCUCACAGGGAUCACCACUUCCCAUAAUAGUCCCAGCCAGUCACAGAUGACUCAGAAGUCAACAGACAUCAAAGGCCACCAAGGGCCUGAGAGAAACAGCCAUCUGCUCCAGUUCCCUCAACUUUCUUCCUUGCCCACACACAAAAAAAGUACCAGGCCACAAAUAUUGUUUGAAAUGAGUGCAUCUAAGGAGGAGACUGAUGCCACCUUCAACUUCUGUCCUUGCCAAAAAUGAACUAUAAUAGCGCAUACCCAAGGUCCUCCUCUAGUACUUUUAUUCAGUGACUGUAAGUCCCCAAACACUGGUAGGCAGCCUGGAAUUCAAGUUCCACCCCUCAGUCUAAUCAUUCUACUACUUCCCUUACAGUAAUAACUGGCAUCAUUUAAGCCUUUACAUACAUCACCUCAUUUAAACAUAAACAACCCUAUUUUAGUGGAGUGGUAAAAGUGGGAGCAGGCUGAGCAAGAGAGUGAAUGGAAACUUAUGAAAAAGGAAUCAGCAAGGAUAUAAAAGGACAGCGGUGCCUAUGGGUGCAGAUGCUGACCAGUUUUCAGGUAAGGUGUCUUGAAGCAGAGGUAGCUGGAACAAUGGUCUUUGUUUUCUCUGUGGAUAAGCGCUGCCCCCUUCUGGGAGUGAGGAGGGAAUGGUGUAGUGUUAUUAGCUGCUGCUUGGGGGAAUGGCAGAAAGCAUAAAAGGAUUAUCAAUCAUUGGAGAUGGUAAACUAUUAGUAUCACCAAUUCAUACACACACUCAUCAUUGUAGACUGCAACCAAAAAGAAAAACAAAUGGCCACAAAUUCUUCACAGCUUCUUCUAUCAAGAGGUGGAGGCUGUUUCUUUAUCCCUGAAUCUGGACUGGCCUUAUGACUUGCUUUGACCAAUAGAAGGUGAUAUAAGUGAUUGGCCUUAUGACUUGCUUUGACCAAUAGAAGGUGAUACAAGUGAUACUGUGUGAUUUCUGGACCUAGACCUCAAGUGCAAGUGGGCUUGCAGCUAGCAUGAGAAAUCCCCCUGCCACCAUGUGAACAAGCCUGAGCUAGAUAUUGGAGACUGAGAAACCACGUGGAGAGAGGCCCGGCCAUCCUACCAAUUCCAGCUGAGGCACCGUGUUGGGUGAUGAGGCCGUCCUGGACCAUUCACCGCCAGCCAAAGCAUUCAGAUUCACAGAAUUGUAAGACAUAAUAUAUGUGUAGUUUUGGGGGUGGUUUGUUGUACAAUCAAAGCUAAUUCACUCAUUCUUUAGAUAAUUUUUAAAGCAUAUUGAUAACUA